AUGGAAGUUGAUGUUCUUGCGGGUAAUUUGAGAUAUGAAAAACCAGACGAUAAAGAAUUACCACCAAAUGUUGAAUUACCAAUAGUCCCUACGGAAUUGUCUGAUGAUAGUGACAGCAGUAUAGAAGAGGAUGAUGACGAUGUUAACGAAGAAAAUAAUAAUAUAAGUCAAUCAAGUGGUCCUUCUACUACAGUAAACUGGAAAGAACAAUUUGUAACUAUUGACCAGCGUGAAAUUAAUCCAUCAUAUAAUCAGGAUUGUAGUGUUAAUAUCGAAUCUGUUGGUCUAGCCUCGCCAUUUAAUUUGCUGUGUCAUUAUCUUCCGGUUAAUUAUAUUAAACAGCAUGUGAUUAAUUCUAUUAACAUACAUGGGCGGGAAACUUCAAACUGGGUUGAUGUAAAUUUUGACGAAUAUAUGAGAUGGUUAGGUUUAUGGGUGUUGAUGUCUGCCUUUUCUGUGGCUGAUCGUCGUUUUUAUUGGAGAACAACACAAGAGAUUACAAAGCCAAUGGAUUCUUUUAAUUUUCAACGUUGGAUGUCGCUUUCGCGAUUUGAACAAAUAGUAUCAUGUCAUACCUUAAUGAUGGCAUGUGAACUAAAGACACCAAAUCUUA